AGUAAACUUAACUCUAUCCUCUACUAUCCCAGCGAACACACCAAUGGAAAUGUCAACAAUAUUAUUUUACAUUAGUGGUUUUGUGUACGUUCAUGUUGGGCUGGUUUCGAUUGCUGCAUGCAGAUGGAUAAGCAACCGGUGAUUUUGUGAUGGGGGUCUUCAAAACUGGGACAUUUGCUACGCUGUCUUGGCUAUAAGACCGUGCCCAAAGUGGCGGCUACGGCUAUCUGUGCAGGCACCAAAGUUGUAGUAUAAGGAAUGAAUGUUUGUAUCCGAUGGAAGACAAUGUCCUGUUCUGAAUGGUAGUCCACACGAUGUCACGUCUGAGUCUAGCACCAAUGGUGUUAGGUUGAUGUACCGGCAUAUUAUCGCUUAAAGGAAAACAGUCAACAAGGCCAGAUGUAUGAUAUCGCUGUUUAGAUGGCCCACUUCGGAACGCUAAAGACAAAAAGCACCGUAGUAAUUUUUUUGGAACGCCACCAAUAAAAGAGCUUUUGGGAAAUUUUGAGAGAAUAAACUCUCCACUGAUUCUGUGCUGAGUCGAUUCAGCAAACAUUUGUUUGGAAUCAUAUAGAGGGAUCGACUAUGGCCAGUGAAUCUACGGGGACGGGGACAGAGACGAGGUUGAGAAAAGACGAGACACAUCCACUUAAAGAAAUCAGCGGGACAAAAGCAGAUGGCUCGCCCGUUGAUGCAGAGCAACCCACGGGUGUACUUGAUUACGGGACACGCUCAGUGCCCGAGACCGAGCCUGGCGGAGUGGACCCAUCGGAUGAUAACGAUGACUAUACAGUGAAUGAUGCCAUUGAUACCAUUGGUGUUGGGUUCCUACAGAUCGCUAUUCUACUCACAUCUUUUCUUGCUAUGAUUGCCGUCUUUGCACAGACUUUACUCUCAACUACAAUUAAUGAGAUCUUGCGAUGUACAUUCAAAUUAACAGAUGAACAAGCCGCCUUAAUCUCAACGAUGCUGUUCGUAGGGGAGCUUCUUGGGGCGUAUCCCAUCAGUAAACUGGUCGAUGUCUAUGGAAGAAGACCGGGAUUGAUCAUCAUUACCACAUUAAUGUUCAUCUACUCGGCCCUUAUAUCAGUCGCCCCCAACUACACCUGGGUGUUAAUCCUGAGGCUUAUUGCCGGGGUGUGUGUGGUGGGUGUCCAGUCUUCAUUCAUACUCUACCUCGGUGAGAUCACACCGUCUAGCUUCAGAGCUCUGUUUGUGCUUGGCCAAGUGCUUUUCUUCGGUAUCGGCAGUGUUUACUUGGCUACGUUGGGUUACCUGGUUCUCCCGUACUAUGGUUGGAGGAUUCAGUGUAUAUGUACAGCGCUGCCGAUCAUACCAGUUAUUUCUGUGGUCUGGACGUUUCCGGAGUCACCGCGAUACUUCGCCUUGACGGGCAGUAUAAGGACGGCUGUAGACACGAUUAAGAAGAUUGCAGAAAGAAACCAAGUGAAGCUUCCGGAGGGAAAGCUCAUCCAGGCUACCCGCAAUGAUAAGGAGCAGCCAAGUUCAGUCGUUCAACUUUUGAGUCCAGCUUUGCGUCGUAAAACAAUAAUGCUUUGGGUUAUAUGGUUCUGUGUGUAUUUUUGUUAUCUUGGGAUCGCUCUAUCAAGCGGUCGACUGAUCCGUAUCACCUCGCCCCUCCCACCCACAGCCAAUGACACCACCACGCUGGACUCCACUACUAAUAGCAAUGUCACACUGAUCGUUCGCAAACAGAUCGUUCCCAAGCAUUCCACAUCAAGCAAGGUGCAAGAUAUUGAACUACCUGACAGUGCGUUGGAUCCCCAUCCACGGAUGACGUCUCCAUUCUGUAAGGAAGAAGACAAGGAACCAGUCGAGUGUGAAGUGGUGGUAUCCAACGCUGAAUACGUAGAGGCUGUCAUUGCAUCCGUGGGCGAUUUCUUUGCUGCCCCAGCGAUUGUCGCACUUGUGUAUGUCUUUGGCCGGAAGGGAGGAAUGAGCAUAUCUCUACUUUUGGGAGCCUCGUUCAUCCUGUGUAUCAUCGUAUCACUGGGAGAGAUUCCACCGAUUGCCUUUAUCUUCGUUACCCGUGCCCUGACACUCGGGACGUAUGGAGGGUUGUUCCUGUACACGUUAGAAGCUUACCCAACAUCGACGAGAUCCAUGGCUUUGGCUACGGGAUUAUUCUUUGCGAAGAUCGGGGGAGCUCUUACGCCAUUCAUUGCCGAAAGUUUUAUUAAGCAGUCACCAGUUGAUGCCCUCCUCAUUUAUUUCUUCGUCUGCUUUACUGGAUCCAUUAUGGUUUGCUUACUCCCCAUGGAAACCAUAGGGAUGGAUUUAAAGGAUUCUUGAUGACGAUUCGGCAAGGGGUGAUCACGGCGCUUGGGUUUCUUACGCAUUAAAAUUAAAAAAUAAAUUAAAAAUUAAAUUGAAAUCUGGAUAUUGAGCUUAGUAGAACAAAACAAACUAGAAAACAGAAAUAGAAAACUAAAGGAUGAAUCAACAAAAUUUUCUUAAUUAGUUGAGCCAAAAGGGUUAAGAA